GUUAAUGUCAUGUUCAAUUAGUUAUAGACGCCAUGUAUAGUGUUUAAGUAUUCCGGGAAUAAUGGCUCUGUGGAUAUUUCUUUACACAUGAAAGAUCGAUGAAAAAAUUUACAUGAAAUGCUCAGCGGCAAACGGAAUCAGAUAAGUAAUAAUUGGAUAAUGGGUCCAGAACUAUGUGACAUGUGGACCUCUAUAGACGUUCUCUGUUGUACAGCCUCAAUUUUACAUUUAGUGGCCAUAGCCGUAGAUAGGUAUUGGGCCGUAACUAACGUAGAUUAUAUCCACACACGAAAUAGCUACAGAAUAGGAAUUAUGAUAAUAAUAAUAUGGGCCAUCGCACUGGUCGUUUCUCUCUCUCCUCAAAUCCCACAAUUCAAAGAUCCGGACUACCUGUUCAGAAUAAACGAGAAAAAGCAAUGUUUAGUGUCGCAGGACGUCAAAUAUCAAAUAUUUGCUACAAGUUCCACGUUCUACGUUCCGUUGUUGAUGAUAUUUAUUUUAUAUUGGAAGAUAUUUCAAACUGCUAGGAAGAGGAUUCGAAGGAGGAGAGAAAUGAAUUCACACAACACGGAAAAACCGCACAAGAUGAAUUUAGAAACUACUAACAAUGGCCAAGUACACAAAAGUUUUCUGUCUAAAAGACAAUUUUUAAGAUUAAAAAAGGAUCCUGAUAAAAAGUCUGCAGCAGCAGAGGCUUUGGUUAAUUCCCUAAUGACUAUGGAAGGCCAAUCUACAACGACUACAAUAGAACUAAUGGAUGAUACAGAUGAUAAAGAGAAAUCUAUGUUGGCUCCUGAUGCAUCCAAAAACCUAACUUUAGCACUAACAGAAGCUCAAAAGUCUACACCAGAGACCCCUAAACUUCAAAGCACCUUUCAACAGCAAGAAACUACAGCAUUUACCAUUUCAAAACCUCUAGAUAACCAAAAUAAUAUUUACCAAGAAAGAACAAAUAACGGUUCGGCCGGUGAGCAAAGUACAGUCGUUAGCCGAGCCGGAACACUCAGCAAAGAACCUCCAACUUGCCCCGCAUCUGUCGAUAAGCUCCUGCCGUCCAAAAAGGAAAAGAAGGAGAGUUUAGAAGCAAAAAGGGAAAGAAAAGCAGCUAAAACUCUAGCAAUAAUAACCGGAGCCUUUGUUAUGUGCUGGUUGCCCUUUUUCAUAUUAGCUCUCCUUUUGCCUUUAUGCGGGGACUCCUGCAACAUUAGUGGCUACAUCAUGAGCUUUGCUUUGUGGCUGGGAUACUUUAAUUCUACGCUUAAUCCAGUGAUUUACACCAUUUUUAGUCCAGAAUUUCGGCAAGCAUUCAAGAGGAUUUUGUGCGGGGGACACAGGGGACCACGGACUUAUAGAUCGGGUAAAAUGAGAUAA